GGAGUUUAAUAAGCCAUUGUUUUUCCCUCUCUUUCCUUGUAAAGAGAUGCCUCUAUUAGACAUCUGAUGUAAGGAUUGACGGAGCGACUUUCGCUGAGUUCACAACAACUCUCAUCCAUGGGAUUGCCGUUUACGUCGUCGCUCAAUGCAAUUUCUUUCCACCUCCCGAUGUCUCGCCCUUUCGCGCUUCCCGUCGAUGCACCGAGUUUCCGUUCCGGUUUCUUACCGCAUUCGCCGAUGGGAAAAUGGAGUCGUUUCCCGAAAUCAUCGAUAUCGUCUUCACUGAGGAAUUUUGGAAUCAGGAGAAGAAAUAGUAGAGAUCGAUUCAGCUCCUCGAAGAAUCUGAAUUUCAUUCCUCAUGCCUUCAAUGGCGACUCAGAUUCUCCCGCUAAAACGAAGAUUAUAGUAGUAACCUCUGUACUUACCGUAUUACUUGCUACCGCGAACCGUGUGCUGCACAAGCUUGCUCUCGUUCCAUUGAAGGAAUAUCCAUUCUUCUUAGCUCAAUUUACUACGUUUGGAUAUGUUAUAGUAUAUUUUAGUCUAUUAUAUCUGCGGCGUCGGGCAAACAUUGUGACUGAUGAAAUGAUAUCGCUUCCGAAAUCGCGAUUCAUGGUCGUAGGUUUUCUUGAAGCGCUUGGAAUUGCAGCAGGGAUGGCUUCUGCAGCUUCGCUUCCCGGCCCAGCAAUACCUAUACUUAGUCAGACUUUUUUAGUGUGGCAGCUCGUCUUUUCUGUCCUUUUACUUGGUAGAAGGUACUCGUUGAACCAAAUUGCUGGUUGUGUUAUUAUAACAGCUGGUGUAGCGGUAGCUGUUGGAAGUGGGUCUAAUGCAGGCCAAAUGCUGUCUGGAGUUCCACCUCUAUGGCCAGCAUUAAUGGUAGCUUCUAGCGCUUUUCAAGCUGGUGCAUCAAUUAUGAAGGAAUUUAUCUUCAUUGAUGCUGCAACCCGUCUUGGAGGGAAGUCACUAGACAUUUUUGUGGUCAAUUCAUUUGGAUCUGGAUUUCAGGCACUUUUUGUACUUCUCUUUCUACCAUUGCUUUCCAACAUGAAAGGCAUAUCUGUAGCCAAACUUCCCUCAUAUCUGAUGCAUGGUGCUGGUUGUUUUCUAAAUGUUGGUGCUAAAAGACCAGGUUGUGGAGGAGCUCCAUUGCUCCCACUGCUUUACGUGAUUACAAAUUUGUCUUUCAACAUAACUUUGCUCAGCUUAGUCAAGAAAUCCUCCGCGGUCAUUUCUUCUCUCGUUGUGAUGCUUUCAGUGCCUGUUUCAAUUUAUAUUCUAUCACUUCCAUUGCCAUAUCUACCUCAAGGCGCAACCUUAAGCCCCCUCUUUCUCACCGGGAGUUUGAUGCUCGUGUUGGGUCUUGCUCUUUACUACAGUCCACAGCGUACGAAGUAA